AUGCUCGAAGGUCUCGUUGCGGGGCUUUUGAACCGCUUCCUGGGCAUGUAUGUGAAGAAUUUCGACCCUACACAGCUCAAGGUCGGAAUCUGGUCUGGCGACGUUAAGUUGCGUGACCUCGAGUUACGCCGGGAAGCUCUGGACCAGUUGAAGCUGCCCAUCAAUGUUGUCGAGGGCCAUCUUGGUGCAUUGACACUCGUUAUCCCUUGGUCGAACUUGCGCGGUGCGCCGGUCAAGGUCUUUAUCGAGGAUGUCUUUUUGCUUGCAUCGCCCAAGGAGGAAGCGGAAUACGAUGAGGAAGAGGAGGACCGUCGGAAGCAGCGGAUCAAGAUGGAGAAACUCGACUCGGCUGAACUGUUGAAAGAGAGGUCGCAGGAAGGUUUGAGCCAGGAAGAACAGAAGCGCACGCAAAGUUUCACCGAGAGUUUGGUUACGAAGAUUGUCGACAAUCUACAGGUCACCGUCAAAAAUAUCCAUGUCCGUUACGAAGAUGCCAUUUCGGCACCAGGGCAUCCAUUUGCCCUCGGCGUCACCCUCGAAGAGUUCAGCGCUGUCAGCACCGAUGGCGAAUGGACCCCCACCUUCAUUCAGGACUCGGCCGAGACGACCCACAAGCUGGCGACGCUGGAAUCUUUAGCCGUGUACUGGAACACGGACACUAAGCUCCUGGGUCCAGGCCGUGAAGCUCACACACCAGGGACCGAAGAGACACCGCACGACGAGAUCGUAGGAAACUUCAAGUCCAUGAUUGCAAGCAGCGAGAAUGAAGUCGCCGGGAAUCACCAGUUCAUACUGAAGCCGGUUUCCGGGCAAGCCAAGAUCGAGUUGGACAAGACGGGGAGUCCAAAUGUGCCGAAGUUCAAAGCCAACCUGUUGUUCGACGAAAUCGGUGUGGUGCUGGAUGAUCAACAGUACCGGGAUGCCUUGAUGAUGGUUGACCUGUUUCACUACUUCAUACGCCACCAGGAAUACAAGAAGUACCAGCCCAAGGGUGUCACGCCGAAGGAGGAUCCCAAAGCCUGGCUCAAGUUUGCUGGAGAUGCUGUCCUGAGUAAGAUCCACGAGAAAAACCGGCGGUGGUCGUGGGACUAUUUCCGAGAACGCAGGGACGACAGGAUCCGCUACAUUGAGCUUUUCAAAAAGAGGAAACAAAACCAACAGUUGGACGCUCAGGAGACGGACGACUUGAACAAGCUAGAGUGGAAGCUUGGCUAUGAGGACCUUCGCUUCUGGCGAUCCUUGGCCCGCAACCAACUGAAGAAGGAAAACGCCGAGGCACUCAAGAACCGACCAUCGUCCCAGCAACAAGAUCAGCAACAACAGCAAGGUUGGAUCGCUUGGGUUUGGGGCGCGAAGCCUCAGCAAUCGGAGAAGCAGGAUGAGACCGAGAACACGCAGAUCACGGAGGAACAGCGCAAGGAACUCUACGAGGCCAUCGAUUGGGACGAGAAGACAGCCCUGGCCGCUGAGGUUGAUGCGCCGCGGGACACCGUUAAGAUGCAGAUCGAGACAUCUUUGAGCACGGGCAGCUUUACGCUGAAACAAAGCCCACAUGGAGAUUCACGGGAUCUCAUAAGUCUCCAUUUCGACGUGUUCAAGGCCAAGGGGUGCAAACGGCCUGACUCCUUUUUGGUGGAUCUCAGCCUGGGUGGGUUGCGUGUCAACGACGGCACGACUCCCAAGAGUCUUUACAAGGAGAUUGUUCGUGUCAAAGAUGCGCCUUCGCAACACGCCAAUAAGCGACUUUCCAUCGCCGAACUCGAGCAGGCUAGCGAUCAGGCCUUCUUCCAGUUCCAACUUGAACAGAACCCUCUAGACGAGCAAGGCGAUAUCGCAGUGACCGCCAAGCUCAAGCCGCUGGAAAUUGUUUGGAACCCGAACGUGGUGUUGGGGGUUGUGGACUUUUUCCGUCCCCCAGAACGUCACAUGGAGUCCAUCAGCGCACUCAUGGAAACGGCUGGUGCUACAGUGGAGGGUCUCCGUGAGCAGACCAGGGCAGGGCUUCAAUUCGCCCUGGAAGAGCACAAAACCGUCAACGCUAAACUGGAUUUGCAAGCUCCCCUGAUCAUCAUCCCCAUGGCCAUCACCAGUAAAAACUCAUCCUGCUUGAUCCUGGAUGCCGGCCAUAUUAGCGUGACCAGCGAACUGGCCGACAAGGAAACCACUAAGAAGUUGGAAUCGAAGGAGGCUAAGUCGUACACCGAUGAGGACAUCAAGCGGCUUGAGUCGCUCAUGUACGACAAGUUUCUCGUCAAGCUAACGUCGACGCAAGUCUUGAUCGGUCCGUCCAUCGAUGAGACAAAACAACAACUGGUUGAUAGGGAUGACGAGCGGAAAUUGCACGUUGUCGACAAGAUCAAUGUGGACUUCGUGGUUGAAACAUCAAUCCUCCCUAAGGCUCCCAACCUCACCAAGUUCAAGAUCUCUGGGCACAUGCCAGUUCUCCAAGUCAGCGCGUCAGAUGCCAAAUAUAAAACGCUUAUGCGAAUUAUUGAUGUCGCGAUCCCCAAGUUUGGCGGGAAUCAAGACUCUGCACCACACCACGACGGCCCCGCUCAGCGGCCUCGUCUCGAAAGCACUUCGUCCACUCGACCUCGGCGGAAGAGCGAAAGAAGGAUGUCGACGCCGCUCCUCCCAUUCGUUACGCAGCAACAGGCCAUCAUCAUUGACGAUGACGACCUUGAUGACGACGAUGACAAAUUCGAGGAUGCCAAGGAUGGUUCGUCAGAUGAGCAGCUUCGCAUCCAACAGCGCAUCUUUGAAUUCAACUUCACAGUCGACAAGCUCAAGGGCUCGUUAUACCGCAGCGACCCAAAUCGGGGAGGCUUCGACCAGCUUCUCGUCGAGCUGGUGGCUGAGAAUUUUGCGGUGGAGUACCACUUGAGACCCUUCGACAUGGGUGCGGAGGUCUCCCUCGGAUCAGUGACCGUCGACGACUUUGUGGAGAACCCGCCUGCCGAGUUUAAGUCCAUCGUGUCUUCCGGCGAUGUUGAAGACCGCCAACAGGCCAGGGAUCUCGUGCAUGUCAAGUUUGUUAGGGUCAAGAAGGAGUCGCCCGAGUUCAUGUCUGUUUACGAGGGCGUGGAAACCAACGUUGAUGUUGCCAUAUCUACGAUCAACCUCGUCGUGACUCGCAAGACGCUACUUACUCUGCUAGACUUCAUCCUGAUUACCUUCACCAACAAUCAAUCAGCCGAAACCCCACGAGGGCGGGAGGAGGCCAUCAUGGACGCGGACUCGGAAACGGACGAGACCCCAGAGCCACCUUCACCACCACCGCCACAGCAAGAAGGCGGCGCCAUCAGGGUAAAGGUCGACCUUAAGAGUAUCCGAUUGAUCCUUAAUAACGAUGGCAUUCGGCUCGCUACCUUGUCCUUCAACCACGCUGACGUGGGCGUCUUCCUGCUUGGUCGGUGCAUGCGUGUGUCGACCAAAAUCGGCGAUCUGAGCUUGGUAGACGACGUUAACCUGGGUGUCUCGGCCGAUUCGAGCUUGCGCCGGCUUGUUACCAUUCAAGGGGACGAGCUGGCCGACUUCCGCUACGAGACCUUCGAUUCGUCCAAGGAGGAGGGGUAUCCCGGAUAUGACUCGUCUAUCUUUUUGCGAGCCGGCUCUGUCAAGUUGAACUUUGUCGAGGAACCAUUCCGCAAGAUCGUUGACUUCCUCGUCAAAUUCGGCAAGAUGCAAGCCAUUUACAACGCCGCUCGACAGGCUGCUGCCAACCAAGCCAACCAGCUGCAACAGAGUCAGAGCCGGAUCAAGUUCGACGUCGUUGUCAAAACACCCAUCGUCGUGUUCCCUCGCAUGGUCGGGCCGGAGAGUCCCAAGCGAGAUGUCAUCACAGCAUACCUCGGUGAAAUCUACGCGCAGAACAAGUUUGCGCCGCUCGAUGAUUCGGAGAACUCGGAGAUUGCGAUGAAGUUGUCAGCGGGCAUACGCAACAUCAAGCUCACGUCGAAUUUCUUCUACAGCGGGGAUCGUGAAGAAGAGCUUGAGCUCAUCGACCACGUUGAUUUGGGUUUCCAGAUCACGUAUGCGGAGCACACGGACGGCGCGAAGAGACCUGACUUGGAGAUAGAAGGGUCCAUGACGGACUUCAAUCUCCGCAUCACGCCGUAUCAGCUGAACUCCAUUUUGGAGAUUUCCCAAUCCGUCCCGGCUGCGUUCGCGGGUGAUACUGAUCAACACACGGCUGACGCGGAAAGAGACGUUGGCGGUGCGACCCUGGAGCGUGCCAGGACCGUUCCUGGGUAUGGUGGCACUGGCACGAACGAACAGCUCGUGGAUAUGGGCCCUGAACUCGGGACUCGCGGUGAGGCCUGGACAAAGCUGGACCUCAAGUUCGUCGUGAACGAAAUCGGCUUGGAGUUGAUCAAUGCCCCAGAAGAUGGCCCGGUCGGCGAUCUUGAUGCUGCGAGUCUGUCCAAGUUUAGCCUCAACACCAGCCGGCUCAAGACACGCAUGGAUUCCAAUGGAAGUCUUGAAGCUGAGUUCGUCAUCCAGGCCUUCACCAUCUACGAUACACGGCACCGCGAGACCAACAAGUUCCGCCGCAUCAUGACUAGCGGAAACUCUAGCGUUGAGCAGCUCAUGGCCAGUGUCACCAUGGCAGGCGGCAAGGAAAGAAAUAUCAUCGCCAUGGUCGCCAUCGACAGUCCUCGCGUCAUCUUUGCGCUCGAUUAUCUGUUUGCUCUUCAGAAGUUUAUCACCAUCGGGACGAAGAGUAACGAACCUGUGCUCCCCGAGAGUAGUCCGAUCGAAAGCCCCGAGGACACAAGCGACGCGGACUCCAUCCAGGCCAACCUUUCGGUGAGGCGAUCAGAGAGCAGCACAGCCCGGUCGACGCCGCCAGCCUCGCAGCCACCCGGGACGAAGAACGAUGGAAACAGGCCAAAGACGUCACUGGCGUAUCGGGUGAACGUCGUUGAUGCGCAGGUCAUCCUGAUCGCGAACCCCCUCAGCACGAGUUCUGAGGCCGUUGUCUUGGGGACGAAGCAGGUUAUUUUGUCCCAGCACCACGCCCUCACCUUCCAAGUUUCGAAAUGCGGCAUGUUUUUGUGCCGGAUGGAUCGAUUCGACGACUCCAGGCUGAGGAUCAUCGACGACUUCUCGCUCCAGCUCUCCGUGGAUAACUCUCAGCCGGCUAGCACCAAAAUCCACGCUGACAUCGAGCCUCUUAUUUUGCGCUUGUCGCUACGCGAUAUCUUGCUUGCGACGCAAACCAUCACCAAAGCCUCGGAGCUUUCCGGGAGUAAUCCUCCAGCGAACACGAACGCCGCGGUCAAGGCGUCGGACCAAAAGGCUAAGCAGCUCAAAGCAUCUGGCCAUAGGCCAAAACCCGGGGCUGGCAAGUCUUCCUCCGGCUUGGUUGCGAGAGUCCGUCGAGCAAGCAAGAGUGCAGGGAGUGUUUCGCAGAGACCGGGUAGCCCACAACCCCCACAUGAUGUGGUCAAGCCGCCUGCUCGACACGAGGAGCUCAGCGUCACAGUCGAAGGCGUGCGAGUCGUCCUCCUUGGCGAUGUCCACGAGCUGCCCAUACUCGACAUGAGCGUCAAGAACUUUACGGCAAACGCGGAGAACUGGACGUCGAAUCUCAAGGCGGAAACGGCACUGGAGAUGUACGUCAACAUCUACAACUUUGCCAAGUCCGCGUGGGAACCCAUCGUCGAGCCGUGGCAAGUUGGGUUUGGAGUGGCACGCGACCAAAAGACGAGCGUACUGUCGGUCGAUGUGUCGUCUAAGCGCAACUUUGACAUAACCAUCACGACGGCUAGCAUUGCGCUACUGUCGCACUCGUUUGCUUUCUUCAGCGAGGCUCAAGACGUCCUGAGCAAGCCUCGAGGUGUCGAGGCGCCCUAUCGCAUCCGCAAUUAUACUGGGUUUGAUGUCAUGGUGCAUGCAAAGAGACAGAGCAGUGCAGAGACGACCUCUUUGCGUCUGACGGAUGGACAAGAGGUACCCUGGAGCUUCGAGGACUGGGAGAAGUUGCGAGAGAGUCUGACCCUGACCGAAGGGGCCAAUGCCAGCAAUGUGUCCGUUCAGCUCGACGGCAGCGGCUUCGACAUGGUUAAAAACAUUCGGCUGUCUCGCGAGGGCGAAUUCCUCUACGCACUCAAGCCCAAGGCGGACGGUGUCCUGCACAAACUCCUGGUUGAUGUCAAGCUGGGCCCCGACAAUAUCAAGUAUGUGACGCUCCGCAGUCCCUUGCUUGUGGAGAACGACACCGAUCUCCCUGUCGAGCUGGGCGUCUAUGAUUCUCAGGAGGGCCAUCUCCUCAAGAUUGAGAAGAUUGCGCCGGGCGAGAGCAGGCCUGCACCGGUCGGGGCCGUGUAUCUGAAGAGUCUGCUCGUGCGUCCGGAUCCGGGCUUUGGGUAUGGUUGGAGCACGGACACGUUGUGGUGGAGGGACUUGUUGCGACGGCCUACGAAGACGUUGGUCUGCAAGGGGGAGCACGGCGAUCCAUUUUACUUCCAGGUGUCUACGCGGUGGGAUACUUCGAACCCGAUGACCAGGAACUACCCAUACAUGCGCUUGAAGAUCUCCGCACCCGUCACGCUGGAGAACCUACUGCCGUACAACUUCAAGUACCGGAUUUACGAUAAGAACACGAAGAAGGACUGGUCCAACUUCCUGCGCAAGGGCGGCGUCAGCCCUGUUCAUGUGGUUGAGCUAUCUCAUCUGCUGCUUCUCAGUGUCGACAUGCAAGACACCCCCUUCAAGCCGAGCGAAUUUGCCAUCAUCAACGCUGGAUCGAACGACGACUUCAAGAAAGAAACAAAUCUUGUGUGUCGCGAUAACGCUAACAUGUCUUUGAACUUGCGGCUGCACUACUUCCGCAUUCCUAACAGUGGCGGUGCGUUCAAAGUCACAGUGUACAGCCCGUACGUCGUGCUCAACAAGACCGGGCUGGAUGUCAGCUUCCGUUCCAAGAGCUUCAUGCAGCACGCCAAGGCGGCGGCCGGCCAGCCUCUCAUCGAUGUGUCGGACGGGAAUGAGCAAAAAGCACAGCCGCUGAUGUUCUCAUUCAACAACGACGACCAUCGGAACAGAGCCAUCCUAAAGGCCGGGGAAUCGGAGUGGAGCAAGCCGCAGAGUUUCGAUGCCAUUGGCAGCACCACCGAGGUUGUGCUGAACUCGUCGCAGACCAAUGCGGAGAUUCACUUGGGUGUCACGGUGGAUUCCGGGCUGGGCAAGUACAAGAUGGUCAAGACCGUGACGCUGGCGCCAAGAUACGUCAUCCAAAACAAGCUGGGCGAGGAUAUCAACAUUCGCGAGCCCAGCUCUUCCAGUGUCAUGUUGUUGAAGAGCGGGUUGUUGAAGCCCCUGCAUUACCUCCAUCGGGGUGCUGUUAAACAGCUUUGCCUGUGCCAUCCGGGAGUCGACAACCAGUGGACCGCGCCGUUCAACAUUACCGAUCUUGGCAUCACGCAUCUCAAGAUUGCCAAGGCCGGCCAGCGACAGCGACUUGUUCGGGUGGAAGUCCUGAUGGAGGAGGCGACAGUGUUUUUGAACCUGACUCUGGAGCAGCGCAACUGGCCGUUCUCGAUGCGCAACGAGAGUGACACCGAGUUCACCUUCUACCAAGUCAAUCCGAGCAUCGACGAGGACGAUACGGAGGACCGCUCUGGGUGGAGGCCGGUUAGGUACCGUCUUCCCCCUCGUAGCAUCAUGCCGUAUGCCUGGGACUUUCCGGCGGCCAAGCACAGGGAAGUGUGCAUCAGUGCCUACAACAAGGAGCGGCACGUCAAGCUGGCGGAAAUUGGCAACCUGAUGCCGAUGAAGUUUAUUGGCACGAACGGCCAGACCAAGAUUAUCGACAUCAACGUCACGGCGGAUGGGCCAACACAGACCAUGAUCUUGUCCAACUUCAAGCAGUCCAAGAGUCUGUACCGCCAACGGUCCAACGCCGGUUCUAGCAGUAGCCGAGAAGGGUUUGAAGCCAAGGCGCUGGACACCAACACCACGUUCCGCGCGCAACUGCGGCUGUCCGGCAUUGGCAUCUCGCUCAUCAACUCGCAGCUCAAAGAGCUGGCAUACCUCACUUUCCGUGACGUGCAGCUACGGUACAGCGACUCGCCGAUGUACCAGACGGUCAGUCUGGCGGUCAAGUGGAUCCAGAUCGACAACCAGCUCUAUGGCGGCAUCUUCCCGAUGAUCCUCUACCCUAGUGUGGUUCCCAAGAGGGCACAGGAGAUCGAGGCUCACCCCUCGCUGCACGCCAUGGUGACACGGGUCAAAGACGAGUCGUACGGUGUCGAAUACAUCAAGUACGCCACCGUGUUGCUGCAGGAGAUGACGGUCGAGCUAGACGAGGACUUCAUCUACGCCAUGCUGGAGUUCUCCAAGAUCCCCGGCGCGUCAUGGUCGUCGCCCUCGUCGACCACCAACGAGGAAGACAAGCUCUGUGACGACAACAUCGACAUUCCGCAGCCGAAGCAGCAGCAGGCCGGGCGGGACAUCUACUUCGAGGUCCUCAACAUCCAGCCUAUGCAGCUAGACCUGUCGUUUGUGCGGACCGAGCGUGUCAAUGUGGAGGACAAGACAUCAUCCAAAAACCCCGUCAUGUUCUUCUUCAACGUCAUGACUAUGGCCAUUGGCAACAUCAAUGACGCCCCCGUCCGAUUCAACGCGCUCAUGCUGGAGAACGUGCGCGUCUCGAUCCCUGUGCUAAUCCAGAAUGUGUCGAACCACUACAGCCAGGAAGCAUUGUUCCAGAUCCACAAGAUCCUCGGCAGUGCCGACUUCCUCGGGAACCCCGUGGGGCUCUUCAACAACAUCAGUUCGGGCUUCGCGGAUAUCUUUUACGAGCCGUACCAGGGUCUCAUUAUGUCGGACAAACCGGAAGAUUUCGGUCUCGGACUCGCCCGGGGAGCCGGUUCAUUCUUCAAGAAGUCUGUCUACGGCUUUACCGACUCCUUCUCCAAAGUCACGGGCAGUUUCGCCAAGGGCCUGGCAGCGGCCACCAUGGACAAGCAAUUCCAAGACCGCCGGCGCAUCACCCGCGCCCGCAACCGGCCCAAGCACGCCCUCUUCGGCGUCACGGCCGGCGCCAACAGUCUCUUCACCUCCGUGGCCUCUGGCGUCGGUGGCCUCGCCCUCAAACCCUUCGAAGGCGCCGAACAAGAAGGCGCCCUGGGAUUCUUCAAAGGCAUCGGCAAGGGCGUCGUCGGCCUCGCCACAAAGCCCGCCAUCGGCGUCCUCGACUUCGCCUCUAACGUCUCCGAGGGCGUGCGCAACACCACCACCGUCUUCGACGGCUCCGAACUCGACCGCGUCCGCUUACCCCGCUACAUCCCCGCCGACGGUAUCGUCCGGCCCUAUUCCCAGCGCGAAGCCCUCGGCCAGAGCUGGCUGAAACAAGUCGAUAAUGGCAAAUACUUCGACGAGGCGUACAUUGCACACUUGGAACUGCCCACCGAGGACAUGGUGGUAAUGGUGACGUAUGCGCGGAUCCUGUUGAUUCGCAGUCGACGGCUGCAAACGGAGUGGGAUGUGCCGCUGAAGGAUGUGCAGACCAUUGCGAAGGAACGGACGGGGUUGAGUCUGACGUUGCGGGGCGGGACGAAUGGGCCGUUCAUACCGAUUGGUCAGGAGAGUGGAAGGGCGUUUAUCUAUCGUAUGGUGGCUGUUGCGGUGGAGGAGUUUAAUCGGCGGUUUAAGGGGUUGGAGUAG